AUGUCCGAGGCCAAGCCUUCGCAGAAGGGCUCCGUGCUUAGCAACAGAGACAGUUCCAACGACGCUCUUAGCCCACCACCAACACCGCCUAAGCAGCGCCGAUCCGCCACUCCGGACGAAACGAUGCGACUCGCAGACUCAAAGGAUAGUGCUGAUCUGGCUUCCAACACCAAAGAUGCUCAACCUGAAGCUAAGAAGCGUAAGCGCUCUCAAAGGGCAUGCGUUCGCUGUCGCGGGCAGAAGCUCAAAUGCGAUGGUGUCUUUCCUUGCGCACGUUGUCUCAAGCUCAAGCUUGUGUGCAAGGAGCCCUCGGAGGCUAAUACAGCCGGUACACCUUCCUCGCACAGAGUUCUUGCAGACGAUAGGGACGGCCAAACUCUUAGUGCCCCGUAUUCAUCUUCGGCUUCCAAUCGGCCUCAGUCACAGGCUUCGAUGCACUUCGCUCCCAGCGGUCUACCCUUGCAUGCACCCGCCCAUCCUCCAUAUGGCUCCAACAUGUCUGAAGCCAGUCAUCUUGAUCGAACGCUCGGUGGUAAACCCAUGAAUGUGACGGCUCAACAGCGUCAAGUGCUCCACCUUUACCAUCCUUCCGAUCGUUUCAUCUAUUCUCUUCCGGACGCAGUGCAUCGCAUCGACAAACUUGAACGCAUAGUUUCUCGCUUGAUACAAAGGGUCGACGGUAACCCAUCCUCCUUCGAGCGCAACGGCACAAGUACAGCAGGUCCACCUUCCUCGUCCCGAUCCGUCGCUUCCCCUCAGAAGCUCGAACGUAGGCGUCCAAGGACGGACAUACUCGACGAUUCGGAUGCCGAAGUCGACGAACUCCAGGACGGCCUAUCAGAGGCAAGCGUGCCGCUCCUCGUCUCGACACGGCAGCGUAGACAUGACAGCCGCGAGUGCACUGGCACCGGAGCUGACGAGCGCUCUGGAUUUACGCGCUCACCAGAUCCAGCCACUGGUCCAGUCUCCACACGCUCGUUCAACAAUGAUAAUCGACAUACGCUUAAUGGCAACCCGAUCAAAGCCGGUUUGGUCACUCUCGAGAUGGCUCAGACCCUUUUAGAGGUCUUCCUCACAUAUUGCUACGUCUUUGCCCCCUUCUUGGAUCUGGACGAAGAGGUCAACGCCGCGUCCUUGUCCGCCUCGGAUCCUUUCUUGCUAUCCGUCUUAGUCACCAUCGGUGCCUUAUACCAAGAAUCGUCUGUAAAAGCCGACAACGCCCUCCGCUCCGAUCUUCAUGCAGGUCUUUCCUCUCAUACACUUAGUCAACUAGGUGUUCAGCUCUGCAGCUCAGAGCCCACUCUCAGCUCUGUUCAAGCAAUUCUUCUCAUUGCCUACUGGCCACAGGCCUUUGCUGGUUCGCCGGAUGAGAAGCUCCUUGCUAGUCAUGCCUCAAACGUCUUACAGAUCGUAGCUCGGCAUACUCAGGCGACGGCCCUCGAUGGCGACAGGGUCUCAUCGCUCAUUUCACAACGUCUGCCUCCUAUCUGGUCCUCGCUCAGAGUGUUCGAAUCACUGGCCGCAAUCGAAUCGGGAAUAGGUGCGCAACUCACCGAUCACGACCUUCUCUUGUCAAAAGCGCCGCGUCUAUCGCGCAGCUCGACACCCAAGCCUUACCUUGUACGAGCAGUAUCCGUGCUUAAAGAGGUACAGAUGUGGUUGGGCGAGAUGUCUUGUAACUCGCCGCUUCCACUGGCCGAGCCGCCGCAGCCCAACGUUCGAUUCGACCUCACACACGAUUGGGAUCGUUUCAAGUACCUCCAAUCUCAGCUUUUUGACCUCGAGAAGCGAUGGCUCGCCUCUGAGACCGAAUACAGCCAACUCGAAAGAAUCGUGGGUCUUGUAGAUCGCUGGACGCUCCAGAUCUACCUUGCAGCUGUGGCGCUCAAAUCGGCUUCACUUGGAUGCCCACCCAAGGCGAGCAAUGGGUACGACGUCCACUAUGAAGAAGAUUCGGCAAGGUUUGUUGCUGCGUAUAGGCACGACAUGCGUCAAGCUUGCCAAGUGCUCAUGAAUAUCUUCACCGACCCUGAAAUCAAUGGGGCGCUCCUCUAUGCUCCAGGCUAUCUGCUGCGCCGCUUUGGUCAGGCUGCUGCAGCAUCCGCCCUUCUUAUCGACUUUCACGAUGCGGAACAGACCCGAUCAGCUCAAGAACUCAUCUAUUUGUGCAGCAAACGUUUUGACCAGCUAGAUCAGCUUGGUAACUCGACGUAUACAGCCCAUCUUUCGUGGCUUGUCAGGUCAAGUUACGAAAAGGCGGGCAGCAGAUUCUCCGCAACCGAGCGUGACGCUCGUAUUGAAGCUAAAGCGCCUGACUCGAUGUCCAGGAAUUUACGUCACCGAUGGCUCGACUCGGACUUGUUCAGCAUCUUCUUUGGCGUUGGAUUGACGCUGAAUGCAUCUGUGGGAAUUGGCAACUGCGCAUGUUGA